GCUAGAGGGAAGCGCCUGCGCAGAGUAAGACUCCCGUGUCCGGACCAAAACUCCCAAGAUGCCGUGAAAGCCGAUUCCAAGCAACCGGAAGGCCGACUGGGGCGACGGGCGGGUGCGCCGCGAAAGCCAGCCAGUGGUGGUGUGCGGAAGGAGUGACGUAUGCGCCUGGUCUUCCAGUAGCGGACGUCGGAAAGUGUGUUGAGCGCAUGCGUCCUGUGGCACCCUAGAAAAAGGGGCUGCUGGCGGGCCGAGCUGAAGACAUGGAGCAGGGCUACGGAGGCUAUGGGGCAUGGAGUGCUGGACCCACCAACACCCAAGGUGCAUAUGGAACCGGUGUGGCCAGCUGGCAAGGUUAUGAAAACUACAAUUAUUAUGGUGCCCAGAACACCAGCGUCACCACAGGAGCGACCUACAGCUAUGGCCCAGCCUCGUGGGAGGCCACCAAGGCCAGCGACAGCCUGGGAGCUGGGGGCCCUGCCAUGCACAUGGCUUCUUAUGGUCCAGAGCCGUGCACCGACAAUUCUGACUCUCUCAUCGCCAAGAUCAAUCAACGUUUGGACAUGAUGUCCAAGGAAGGAGGCAGGGGCGGGAGCAGCGGCGGUGGGGAGGGCAUGCAGGACCGGGAGAGCUCCUUCCGCUUCCAGUCGUUUGAGUCCUAUGACUCCAGGUCUUGUCUGCCUGAGCACCAUCCGUACCGCCCCAGCUACAGCUACGAUUAUGAUUUUGACCUGGGGCCUGACCGAAAUGGGGGCUUUAACAGUCAGUACAGUGACUGCCGGGACCCAGCCCGUGAGCGGGGCUCCCUUGAUGGCUUCAUGCGGGGCCGGGGCCAGGGCCAGGGCCAGGGCCGCUUCCAGGACCGGAGCACCCCCAGCACCUUCAUGCGCAGCGACCCUUUCUUGCCGCCGGCAGCCUCCUCCGAGCCCCUUUCCGCUCCCUGGACGGAGAUGAACUAUGUGGGUGGGCGGGGCCUGGGAGGCCCCUCCCCCAGCAGGCCACCGCCUUCCCUCUUCUCCCAGUCCAUGGCCCCAGACUUCAGUGUAAUGGGCAUGCAGGGGGCCGGCGGCUAUGACAACUCUGCGCCCUAUGGAUGCGGCCGGUCACAGACCCGGAUGAGGGAUCGGCCCAGACGGAGAGGGUUUGACCGCUGUGGCCCAGACAGCAUGGGCAGGAAACGGAAGCAGUUGCACAUCUACGAUGAGCCUGACACCAAACUGGCCCGGGCUGACAGCGAAGGAGAUUUUUCUGAAAAUGAUGAUGGAGCUGCUGACUUCCGGUCAGGAGAUGAAGAAUUCAGGGGUGAGGACGAGUUCUUUGACUCCGGGAGGCAGAGAGGAGAGAAGGACGAUGAGGAUGAUGAAGUAAAGAAGAGAAAGGAAAAGCAAAGGAGGAGAGACCGCAUGCGAGACCGAGCGGCAGACAGGAUUCAGUUCGCCUGUUCUGUGUGCAAGUUUCGUAGCUUUGAAGAAGAUGAAAUCCAGAAGCAUCUACAAAGCAAAUUUCACAAAGAGACACUGAGGUUUAUAAGUACCAAACUCCCUGACAAGACCGUACAGUUCCUCCAGGAGUACAUCGUAAACAGGAACAAGAAAAUUGAGAAGCGGCGUCAGGAGCUGAUGGAGAAGGAAAGCACAAAACCCAAACCAGACCCUUUCAAAGGGAUCGGCCAGGAGCACUUUUUCAAGAAGAUAGAGGCGGCUCACUGCCUGGCUUGUGACAUGCUGAUCCCCGCACAGCAUCAGCUCCUCCAGCGGCACCUGCACUCGGUCGACCACAAUCACAACCGCAGGUUGGCUGCUGAACAGUUCAAGAAAACCAGUCUCCAUGUGGCUAAGAGUGUUUUGAACAACAGACACAUAGUGAAGAUGCUGGAAAAAUACCUCAAGGGUGAAGACCCUUUCACCAACGAAGCCGUUGAUCCAGAAGUCGAAGGAGAUGACAAUUUAGGAGGUGAGGAUAAGGAAGAGACACCUGAAGAGGUGGCUGCGGAGGUCUUAGCUGAGGUUAUUACGGCAGCAGUGAGAGCCGUAGACGGGGCGGGAGCGCCUGCUCCGGAACGCAGUGAAAUGCUGGCCGAAGGGGAAGGCCCCGUGGACUCGGCGGAGGCUGCUCGUGGCCCCCACUCUGAACAGCUGGGAGAAGUGGAGACACCGUGUGGCACGGCAUCUGAGAAGGGCAGCGCCGAAGCAGAGGCUGGGGGUGAAGCCGCCCUGGCCGGCAAUGAGGCCGCUGAGGCCGGAGGCGGAGUGGCAGCAGAGGCGGAGGGCGUCGAGGUAGUCCCUGCUCCUGCUCCUGCUCCUGCUCCUGCUCCUGCUCCUGCCCUGGCUGCUGCGGGAGCCAAAGAGAAGCAGACGGAGCAGACGGAUGCAGAGCCCGAAGGUGACGUUCCCACAGACUGAGCCUCCUCCCCGUUUCAGGGGAUGUGUUUCAGAAAUGCGUUGCUCUCUCUCCUUUUGCAUUGCUCUCUCUCACUGUUUGUAAGCAGUGCUAGGUGUGUUACUGGAAUAUGCUGGAAACUUUGGUGAAGAGACCCAGCCAUUUCCUUCCAAAAAGUGUACCUCACGGGCUUGUGUUGCAGAGUUGUCUGGCUUUCCGCCUUGGUUUAAAGGCUGCAGAAGUUGUACAUUCCCCCAAGUGGCUGUGAAAUCUCUCUACACUGCAGUUGGAGUAAUAAAAGUUGGGUAAUUAGA